GAGAAGUGUUUACAUAAAAUACGCAUAUGUUCUCUGGGUUACCGAAGAUGAUGUCCCUCAUGCUGUUGUGGGUCAUCGUAGCUGCGAUUCUAUCGGAGUGCGAGGCCAGAAGCGUUGUGGAUCGGAGUGAUUGUUCCGAGAGCGAUGGUGGCUCGGCCAAUGAACCUAGGGCAGAGUCCCAUCUGCAGGAAUAUGCGGAUUUCAUGAAAUCCUACAUGAACCAAAGUGUAGCGCCCUGCGAGAAUUUCUACGAGUACGCGUGUGGAAAUUAUCGGAACGUUAAGCCGGAUCGGUACUCCCUGAGUAGUAGAAGCAACCUUGGCGACGUGGCCUACACACUGAUCGACAGCACGGAUCAACUGGUGGGCAGAAUGGAUCUGGCGGAGGCACUCAACGUGUCCAGCGAACUGGCGGUGGCCCAGCGGUUCUACAACGCUUGUCUGGAAGCCGAGCUCCAUCCUUUCAAUGCGGCGGAUCCCGCUUACUUGAGUCUAAUUCGAUCCAUCGGAGGAUUUCCCGCUGUGGAUGGCGUCGCCUGGAAUGCCUCCAACUUCAACUGGAUCAACAUGAGUGCCCACCUGACCAACUAUGGAGCCAAUGGUCUGAUCCGCGAAGCGAUACAUUUAAUAUAUCCCUUUGAGCCCUACACUAAACUGCCCAACCUGGGCUUCGACCACAUCAUCGUCCAGGAGGAAAACAUUUCCAGCAAUACCACUCGCGCCUUUCGCCUGAACGAAGACCGAAUGCGCGGAUAUCUGAUGGCGUUCGGAUUGCCGGAGGACAGGAUAAGAGAAGCAAUCGCUGGGGUCUUUGCCUUCUGGCGGGACGUACUCGCGAUCCCGCCCCAGUGCGAAGUGUUUGGUCCGUACCGAAUUGAGCGAGCGUUUCCCCAGUCGGAGUACUACUAUGACAUCUCAUGGAGUGGACUCCACUCCUCUAACAAGCUAUUUUGCGACUUUUACUACGUGGAGCUGGACAUGGUAUGUGCCCGGCAUCGCGAGGCUGUGGCCAAUUACCUGGCCAUGCAGCUGCUCUAUAGAUUGGAUCCCAAACUGAAGGCGCGCAAGUACCAAAGGGACUACUGCGCGGCUACGCUUUAUCAAUCCAUGAAGUUUCUAUUCAACAAACUCUAUAUGGCCAAUAACUUCAGUGAGGAGAGGAGGCUGGAGAUAUCGGAAAUUGUGCAGGAACUGCGAAACAGUCUGCGAAAGACGCUGGAGGAUGCCGAGUGGCUGGAUGCGGAGAGUCGGGCGAGGGCACUGCUAAAGGAGUCCAGAAUUCUGACACGCGUAGGUUCGUGCCAGGAUGACGCACUUUCGGAUCGAUUAAUCCGAGAAAUCGGCAGUCUGAAGAUCAUCGAUGAUAGCUAUGCGCGGACCAACAUUAAUUUGCAGCACCUAGUUGUAGAAGUCAACCGGUUCAGCAGUCAGCACUAUCAGGAACUGGCCAAUGAUACCAAGCCCCAGAAGCUCCUCACAGGAUUGCAGGUGGGAGCGGGCUACUACGUACCGGACAACUCCAUCAAUGUGAUGGCUGGCUUGGUGGAACCUCCGAUAUACCACCGAAACCUGCCGCUCUCCCUGAAAUUCGGCACCUUGGGCUUUAUCGUGGGUCACGAACUCGUUCACGGCUUCGAUACCUCCAGCUCCAAUUUCAACGACAACGGUCAGUUGGAGUCCUGGUUGUCGGAAAUUUCGCAACUAGUAUUGGAGGCUCGCGCCGAGUGCUACAUGGACCACUAUGGCAAGUACCUGGUACCGGAGAUCAAGCGGCGUAUCAACGGAAAAACUACACUGGACGAGAAUGUUGCAGACAACAGCGGACUAAGACAGGCCUUGACGGCCUACCGCAACCACAAGAAGCAGCUGCUGGAGCAUCCUGGCCAGGAGAGGAUCAGCGACGCAAUGCCGGGCCUCGACCUUUCACCGGAACAGCUGUUCUUCCUGGGAUAUGCUCAGCUAUUUUGUUCCCAUUACGAGGAGGAGCACUACUGGAAGGAUCUCAGCAAUGAGCACACCUUCGACCAAUUUCGGGUCCUGGGCGUUAUGUCCAACAGCGAGGACUUCUUCCAGGCCUACAACUGCUCCGUGGGCAGUGGCAUGCGUCCAGUGGCCAAAACGUGCCGACUUUGGUAGCUCAUAGAAUUAUUAAUGAAUUAUUGUUGUUAUCAAUUGGAAAAUACGAUAAAUUAAACAUUCUUUG